GGAGGGCGGGCGGCGCGGGAGAAAGCUGCGGCGCUGGUUCCAUGGCCCGGGCGCGCUGAGGGACGCGGCUCUCGCCUCAGCCCGGCGGCGGCGGCGGCGGCGGCGGCGGCCGAACAAUGAAGCUCCUGAAGCCGACCUGGGUCAACCACAAUGGCAAGCCAAUUUUUUCAGUUGAUAUUCACCCUGACGGAACCAAGUUUGCAACUGGAGGACAAGGACAGGAUUCUGGGAAGGUUGUGAUAUGGAAUAUGUCUCCAGUCCUCCAGGAGGAUGAUGAGAAGGAUGAAAAUAUUCCCAAGAUGCUUUGCCAGAUGGACAAUCACUUAGCAUGUGUGAACUGUGUGCGGUGGUCAAACAGUGGGAUGUAUUUAGCUUCUGGGGGAGAUGACAAACUGAUUAUGGUGUGGAAACGGGCUACGUACAUCGGCCCCAGCACUGUGCUUGGUUCCGGUGCUAAGCUUGCCAACGUGGAGCAGUGGCGGUGCGUCUCCAUCCUGCGAAGCCACUCAGGCGAUGUCAUGGAUGUCGCGUGGUCUCCCCAUGACGCCUGGCUGGCCUCUUGCAGCGUGGAUAACACGGUCGUCAUCUGGAAUGCCGUGAAGUUCCCAGAAAUUCUAGCUACUCUGAGAGGUCAUUCUGGUUUGGUGAAAGGGUUGACUUGGGACCCUGUUGGUAAAUAUAUUGCCUCUCAAGCUGAUGACCGCAGCCUGAAGGUGUGGCGGACGCUGGACUGGCAGUUAGAGACCAGCAUCACCAAGCCUUUUGAUGAGUGUGGAGGGACAACCCAUGUGUUACGGCUCAGCUGGUCACCUGAUGGGCACUACCUGGUGUCUGCUCACGCCAUGAACAACUCCGGCCCCACUGCCCAGAUCAUUGAACGGGAGGGCUGGAAAACCAACAUGGAUUUCGUGGGGCACCGGAAAGCCGUGACCGUCGUGAAAUUCAACCCCAAAAUCUUCAAGAAGAAGCAGAAGAACGGGAGUUCUGCAAAGCCUGGCUGUCCGUACUGCUGUUGUGCUGUGGGUAGCAAGGACCGCUCUCUGUCUGUCUGGCUCACGUGUCUGAAACGGCCUCUGGUUGUCAUCCAUGAGCUGUUUGACAAAUCCAUCAUGGAUAUUUCCUGGACUCUGAAUGGACUGGGCAUCCUGGUGUGCUCCAUGGAUGGCUCUGUGGCAUUCCUAGACUUCUCCCAGGAUGAGCUCGGAGACCCGCUGAGUGAGGAGGAGAAGAGCCGCAUUCACCAGUCCACCUACGGAAAGAGCUUGGCCAUCAUGACUGAGGCCCAGCUCUCCACAGCCGUCAUCGAAAACCCUGAGAUGCUCAAAUACCAGCGCAGGCAGCAGCAGCAGCUGGGUCCAAAGGGUGCCUCAGUCAGAGAGGCAGGCUCCGCUGCCCCAGUCGCGGUCAACGGGGAGAGUCUGGAGGACAUCAGGAAGAAUCUUUUAAAGAAACAAGUUGAGACUCGGACGGCGGAUGGUCGGAGGAGGAUCACGCCUCUCUGCAUAGCACAGCUGGACACUGGGGACUUCUCCACGGCAUUCUUUAACAGCAUCCCACUCUCCGGGUCUUUGGCGGGCACCGUGCUCUCCUCUCAUAGCAGUCCGCAGCUACUGCCACUGGAUUCCAGUACCCCCAACUCCUUCGGAGCCUCAAAGCCUUCCACAGAGCAUAUGGCAGCAGCUGGCUCCAAGCCUGUGGGCGAAUCUGUCGGUAAAGACAGUGUGACUGCUACCUCUACUCCUGAUACGUCAUCCCCCUCUGUGCUAACCACCCCAUCCAAGAUCGAACCCAUGAAAGCAUUUGACUCCCGAUUCACGGAGCGGUCCAAAGCCACGUCGGGUGCUUCUGUCUUGACCAGUGUGACACCAACAGCUGUUGAAAGGUUGAAAGAGCAAAACCUGGUGAAAGAGAUAAGACCCCGGGACCUCCUGGAGAGCAGCAGUGACAGUGACGAAAAGGUCCCUGUGGCCAAGCCUUCUUCACUCUCCAAGCGAAAACUCGAGCUUGAGGCAGAGACAGUGGAGAAAAAGAAGAAAGGGCGGCCUCGGAAGGACUCCCGUCUCAUGCCUGUGUCUCUGUCUGUCCAGUCUCCAGCCUCCCUGACUGCGGAGAAGGACGCCUUGUGUCUGUCUGCACCAGCACUUGCACUGAAGCUGCCGAUUCCAGGCCCGCAGAGAGCAUUCACCCUCCAGGUGAGCUCCGACCCCUCCAUGUACAUUGAGGUGGACAACGACGUGACAGCCGUGGGGGGUGUGAAGCUGAGUCGCUUGAAGUGUAACCGGGAAGGGAAGGAGUGGGAGACGGUGCUCACCAGCCGGAUUCUCACUGCCGCUGGCAGCUGUGACGUAGUGUGUGUUGCCUGUGAAAAGAGGAUGCUGUCGGUGUUCUCCACCUGUGGCCGCCGGCUCCUUCCUCCUAUCCUCCUGCCGUCCCCGAUCUCCACUUUGCACUGCACAGGCUCCUACGUCAUGGCGCUCACAGCUGCGGCUACACUGUCUGUCUGGAAUGUUCACAAACAAGUGGUGGUGGUGAAAGAAGAGUCUCUACAUUCCAUCUUGGCAGGAAGUGAUAUGACGGUGUCACAAAUCUUGCUAACACAGCAUGGGAUUCCAGUGAUGAACCUAUCAGAUGGGAAGGCAUAUUGCUUCAAUCCAUCUCUUUCUACAUGGAACCUGAUUUCUGACAAGCAAGACUCACUGGCCCAGUGUGCAGACUUCAGGAGCAGCCUGCCAUCCCAAGAUGCCAUGCUGUGCUCGGGACCGUUAGCCAUCAUUCAGGGCCGCACCUCCAAUUCAGGAAGGCAGGCUGCCCGCCUCUUCUCCAUGCCUCACGUAGUGCAGCAAGAGACCACUUUGGCCUACCUGGAGAAUCAGGUUGCAGCAGCACUCAGCCUGCAGUCCAGCCAUGAAUACCGCCAUUGGCUCCUCAUCUAUGCACGGUACCUCGUGAAUGAAGGGUUUGAAUACCGACUUCGAGAAAUAUGCAAGGACUUACUGGGUCCGGUUCACUACUCCACUGGAAGCCAGUGGGAGUCAACAGUAGUGGGUCUGCGCAAGAGGGAGCUCCUGAAGGAGCUGCUGCCGGUCAUCGGGCAGAACCUGCGCUUCCAGCGGCUCUUCACCGAGUGCCAGGAGCAGCUCGACCUCCUGAGGGACAAGUAGCCUGCCUCGGUCUGCCCCAGCUGCCGCGAAGGCCCGACCGCAGGCUGGCCGCCGACUGCACCCAGGGCCGCCCCUCAUCUGCUCCGGCUACGGGAGGAGCAGGAGACACUGGCAGGAGGUGGGAGGCCCUGCACCAGCGCUGGCCCGGCCUCCCGGGCUCACAUCCCCCGUGUCCCGGGCCGUGUGCUCCCUCACCAGGAGGCUACUCUGCCUGCAACCCGGCACUCUCUCCAGGACCCCUGUGCGGAGCUGGGGCCAGGGUUCUGUCCUGCUGCCUUGGGAUCAGGGUGGCGUUCCCAAGCCUGCCGUCUCUAGCACGGCCCCGAGGUGGACACUAGCUCCUGCCACUGCAGGCACUGUGCUGCUUCAGCUAUGAUGAAUGAGCCAUUUGUGACAGAGGGAACCCUGAAACAUUAAUGUAUCAGGCAGUCAGUAGACUGAGCUGAGUGAGACCUAUGUAAAAGGAAAGACUGUUCCAACACAUGGACUAUUUUUGUACUAGAAUUUGCUAACUUGUAAUAUGGAAUUUUCCUUUUGGCCAAUAAUCAGGGUUUCCCUAUAAGUCACUUGGACAUUGGUCACUUAUAGGAAAUUUAAACUCUAAUUAUGACAGCUACAUUGAAAAAUAAUUGUACUGAAAUUAACUUGUCUAUCUUCAUUUGGUUUUAAUUUUUAAAUGUUUGUAAAAAGAGAAUGGUUUUGGGGGAUGGGGCAGAGGGGUGGGGCGAUUUCUUUUGUAAGUGUAAAAUAAAUGAACACGCAUUGGAUACCAAA